AAACCUGUUUCUCAAGAGUCGGAGUCUCAACCAUAAGGGUGUGUCCAGGUUUGUGCGCUUAUGGUGGUAAUAGCCCUGAUCGCGGCCUGCCUUUUUGACAGAUCCAAAGUACAGAAGAAUCAACUGAACGGCGCCGUUUCAGAAGAUUCCAACAUGUUUUUGACUUUGGUCUCCAUCAUCUUUCUUUUGGCCGGCAUCAUUCCAGCUGCCUACGGUGGGAAAGUUCUGGUCUUCCCACACGACGGCAGCCACUGGGUGAACAUGAGGGUACUUGUUGAUGAGCUGCAUUCAAGAGGGCACGCGGUGACUGUCAUUCGAGCGGCAGACAGCUGGUACAUCAGUGAGACCUCGCCUCAUUACAGCGCUGUCACAGUGGAUGUUGCCGGUGGUGCAGAUGAGGCCUUUUUUCGCCUCUUUGUCUCUCAGGUCAUUAAGAUCAAACGAAGCAAGUCGUCAGCGUGGGCCCGUUUUGCUCUGGACAUGGAGUUGAAGGACAAGUUCUUUGAAUUACACAAAAAAAUCUGUGAAGUGGUCACGAACAUAUUUGAAAAUAAAGAGUUGAUGAAGUCCUUUCGAGAUUCCAAGUUUGAUGCUGUGUUGACGGAUCCUGCCAACGGAGGAGGAGUAAUGCUGGCUCACUAUCUCGGACUGCCGUUAAUGUUUAAUGCUCGAUGGACUGUUCACGGUGAAGCCCAUUUUGCUAUCGCACCCUCUCCCCUUUCCUACGUACCACUUCCACCCUCAGAAUUAACGGAUCAAAUGACUUUCUUUGAGAGGGUGAAAAAUGUUGUUUUUUACACCAUGAGGAUGCAUCUGUACAAGCAGAUAGUCGCCCCACAUUAUUCUGCAUUGUCCAGGCGCUACUUUGGUCCAGAUGCAGAUUACUUCUCCCUGUUUCAAGCAGCAGACCUGUGGCUGAUGAGAGUGGACUUUGUGUUCGAGUUCCCUCGGCCCACCAUGCCUAAUGUUAUCUACAUGGGAGGCUUCCAGUGUAAACCGGCAAAACCUCUUCCUGAACACUUGGAGGAGUUUGUGCAGAGUUCUGGAGAGCACGGGGUCAUCAUCAUGUCUCUGGGGACUUUGAUUGGAGAGUUUCCCAGUGACCUAGCUGAUGAGAUCGCUGCCGCUUUCGCUAUAUUACCGCAGAAAGUCAUCUGGAGGUAUAAAGGGGACCGACCGGCCGCUCUGGGCAACAACACUUUACUUGUAGACUGGAUGCCACAGAAUGACCUCCUGGGACAUAAAAGUAUUAAACUAUUUGUAAGUCACGGAGGAACAAAUGGAAUAUAUGAGGCCAUAUAUCAUGGAGUUCCAAUUGUAGGCAUUCCCAUUGUUUUCGAUCAAGCCGACAACCUUUCUAGACUCAGAGCAAAGGGCGUUGCAGAAGUUAUGGAUGUUUCUGAAUUGAACACAAAAAACUUCCUAAAUGCAAUGCAGGAAGUCAUGAACGAGCCAUCGUACAGGAAGAACAUGCAGAGGCUCUCUAGGCUGCACAGAGAUCAGCCGAUGAAGCCGCUGGAUAAGGCCCUCUUCUGGAUGGAGUUUGUCAUGAGACACAAAGGUGCAGCUCACCUGAGAACUGAGUCCUACAAGAUGCCCUGGUACUCCUACCACUCUGUUGAUGUGGUUAUCUUCUUAGGUGGAGCUGUGCUGAUAAUUAUAUGCACUUUAGCUGCAUUGAUACGGUGUUUGUGCUGCAGGUGUCUGAGAAGAAAAAGUCAAUGUGAUUUGAAAAAAUGUAAGUAGAAAUCACCAUGAAAUAUGAUUCCAGUAUUUGAACCAUGAAAAUAUUGAUUGAAUAAUUACUGUAAUUAAAUAUGGAUGACCGAAAAAUACCUUCUUUAGGUGAAAGAAAAAAACAUUGGAUUUUGGUAAAAAAGACAAUAGUCAUUUAGUGCUUUAUAAUUCUUUUCUUUAUCAACAAAGAAGAACAUAGAGGUUUAAGGUCUAUCAUUUGUCAAAAUAGGCUGCAAAAUUGCUGCUUUAGAAGGAAGUAAUCAUUUUUUCUAAAUAUGGGUACUUCUAGAACACGGAGGAACGAGCCGGUGCAUGUUUUGCUCCACUGAUUUCCAUGAAGUUUCCAACUCACUGUGGAACACUGAAAGAUGAUAGAAGACUGAAAAGACAAAUCCAAACCUGGCCCUUAAAUACGUAAAUAAUUUCUUUAUAUUAGUGGGAUUUUGUAAUAAGGUACACUAUUUUGGUACAAAACAAUAAUACUAUCUUAAUGUCAAUGUUGAUGGAGAGCUUCUCUCAUUUUGAUCUGAUCUUUAGAUUUAAAUUGUAUUAAAUUAUUUUGGGAUAAGUCAAAAUGGCUUAUUUUGGACAUGGUAACCACUUAUAUAUAAAAAUAAAAAUGUACAACAGUCUAUACAGUAUUUCUAAUUUCUUCUAACUAUGUCUUGCAUGAUAUGAAACAAAUCCCUUUUGGUUUUGUCUUGCGUCUUCAACCUAACGAGUAUUAGGUUUAACAAGUGUCAUAAAAAACAAAUAAAUAGCAAAGGAACAAUUGG